GUCGCCGCCGAGUUGCGAGUCGGCGACAGCGGCGGGAAGUUCGUACUGGGCCGAAGGCGACGGGUCUGCGGCUCGGGGUUAAGAAAAAAGACCUGGAGAAGUUGGGUCUUGUCUGAAUUCAUAGGAGGUGGACCUGGACCAUGACUUUAAUUCAGCCCAUUCUUAGGAAAUAUCCGUUUGUUUCUCAUCAUGUUAGACUCAAGAGAUACCAAGUGAAAAAUGCCUCGUGUGAAAGCAGCUCAGGCUGUAAGACAGGGCCCUGCAAAGAGACGUCUUGCAGAACAAUUUGCAGCUGGAGAGAUAAUAACUGACAUGUCAAAAAAGGAAUGGAAACUAGGAUUACCCAUUGGCCAAGGUGGCUUUGGCUGUAUAUAUCUUGCUGAUAGAAAUUCUUCAAAAUCGGUUGGCAGUGAUGCACCCUGUGUGGUGAAAGUGGAACCUAGUGACAAUGGACCUCUUUUUACUGAAUUGAAAUUUUACCAGCGAGCUGCUAAACCAGAGCAAAUUCAGAAAUGGGUUCGUACACAUAAAAUGAAGUACCUUGGUGUUCCUAAGUAUUGGGGAUCUGGCCUACAUGAUAAAAAUGGAAAAAGUUACAGGUUUAUGAUAAUGGAUCGCUUUGGGAGUGACCUUCAGAAAAUAUAUGAAGCAAAUGCCAAAAGAUUUUCUCGGAAAACGGUCUUGAAGCUAAGCUUAAGAAUUCUGGAUAUUCUGGAAUAUAUUCAUGAGCAUGAGUAUGUACAUGGAGAUAUUAAGGCCUCAAAUCUUCUUCUGAGCUACAAGAAUCCUGACCAGGUUUACUUGGUAGAUUAUGGCCUUGCUUAUCGGUACUGUCCAGAAGGAGUUCAUAAAGAAUACAAAGAGGACCCCAAAAGAUGUCAUGAUGGCACUCUUGAAUUCACCAGCAUUGAUGCACACAAUGGCGUGGCGCCAUCAAGACGUGGUGAUUUGGAAAUACUUGGUUAUUGCAUGAUUCAGUGGCUUAGUGGCCAACUCCCCUGGGAGGAUAAUUUGAAAGAUCCUAACUAUGUUAGAGAUUCCAAAAUUAGAUACAGAGAAAAUAUUUCAGAUUUGAUGGAGAAAUGUUUUCCUGAGAAAAACAAGCCAGGUGAAAUUGCUAAAUACAUGGAAACUGUGAAAUUACUGGACUAUACAGAAAAACCUCUUUAUCAAAAUUUACGUGAUAUACUUUUGCAAGGACUAAAAGCUAUAGGAAGUAAGGAUGAUGGCAAGCUGGACCUCAGUGUUGUGGAGAAUGGAGGUUUGAAAGCAAAAACAGCAACAAAGAAGAGAAAGAAAGAAAUAGAGGAAAGCACCGAAUCUAGUGUUGAAGAUAUGGAAUGCUCAAAUAUACAGACAGAGGAGGCCACACAAACCCGUUCAAGAACCAGAAAGAAAGUCCAGAAGUAAAUCAAAUGCAGUAAACCAACUUUUUUUUCCUUUUCAUUUGACUUUUUUUUCUCCUUUUCUGUUUUAAGUUUUAUUUUCAUGGGAGUGUUGAGGGGUGGGAAUAAUAAGUAAAUACCUAUGUCUUUGAAAAACAAACUUUUUUUAAUUAAAAUGAACCCUUGUACAGUUUAUUAAAGAUUAGUUUAUGAAAUUCCAAAUUCUUCAGGUUUGCUCUUUAAGCUAUCUCAGUCUGUGUGUGCAUGAAGUUUUAGAGUACAUAAAAGAAAAAUUACUAUGAAAAUACACUUUUCUAAUCAUUGUGCAUUUCUCAGAGUGGACAGAAAUGUUUGGUGGAGUCUUCAUUUUUAAGGAAAAUUGAAAAAUAAAGGUCUCAUUAUUUGCUUGGUAUAAA